AGUAAGCAGACAGACAACACCCCAAUGCUUGUCCACAACUGUUCAGUCACUCAGUGUGUGUAUCAACAUGGCAGAGGCAACUUUGGGUCAGGAUCCCUUCUGCUGUUCAAUCUGUCUGGAUGUACUGAAGGAUCCAGUGACUACUGCCUGUGGACACAGUUACUGUAUGGGCUGUAUUAAGGGCUGCUGGGAUCAGGAAGAUCUGAAAGGUGUCUACAGCUGCCCACUGUGCAUGGAAAGCUUCAUUCCAAGACCUGUUUUGAGGAAAAACAUCUUAUUGGUUGAAUUAAUGGAGAAACAGAAGAAGACAGGAUUAAUAUCUGCUCCUGCAACUCUCUUUUAUGCUGGAACUAGAGAUGUGGAGUGUGAUUUCUGCACUAGGAGGAAACUCAAAGCUGUCAAGUCCUGCCUGGUGUGUCUGGCAUCUUACUGUGAGACUCACCUCCAGCCUCACUUUGAAUCCCCUGCCUUUCAGAAGCACAAGCUGGUCAACGCCUCCACACAACUACAGGAGAAAAUCUGCCCUCAUCAUGACAAACUACUGGAGGUUUACUGUCGUACCGAUCAGCAGUGUAUCUGUUAUCUGUGUACAAUGAAUGAACAUAAAGGCCAUGAUACAGCGGCAGCAGAAAGGAUUGAGAAACAGAAACAGUUGGUAGAGAAUCAGCAGAAAUCCCAGCAGAGAAUCCAUCAGAAAGAGAAGGAGAUGCAGGAGCUGAGACAGGCUGUGGUCUCUCUGAAGCUCUCUGCACAGGUAGCGGUGGAGGACAGUGAGAGGAUUUUUACUGAGCUGAUCUGUUCCAUUGAAAGAAGGAACUCUGAGGUGAAGCAGCAGAUAACAGCCCAGGAAAAUGCUGAAGUGAGUCGGGCUAAAAGGCAGCUGGAGCAGCUGGAGCAGGAGAUAGCUGAGCUGAGGAGGAGAGAUGCUGAGCUGGAGCAGCUUUCACACACAGAGGAUCACAUCCAUUUCUUCCAGAGUUUUCAGUCUCUCUGUGUCCCUCCUGGAUCUGAUGCCUUACCCAGCAUAUCUGUCAAUCCACACAUUCCUUUUCAUUUUGUGAAGAAUUUUGUAUCUGAGGUGACAGAACAACUAGAGGAUAUCUGCAAGAAGGAAAUUGCCAAACUAUCAUGGGAAGCACCUCCCUCUGACUACUUCAUGGAUGCCAUUCCACAUACUUCUUAUUACAAUGCCAACCAAUUGGCAGGGCGGAGACCCAGCCCUCGCAAGAUAACCCAACAACAAUAUUUUCAGAACAUGGAAGCUUCCUUCAGCACUGUGAGGCCCAAUGUGUCUCACAUGGUGACCCCUCAUCGCAUGGCCGCCCAGGUUGCACCUGCUGUAACCCCAGUGUACAUGCCUCAGUACAAGUAUGCUGCAGGAGUGCGUAACCCUUCAUACAUUCAUACACUUCCCCAGGUAGUUAAGCAGCAGCCUGCUGUCCAUGAGCCUCUGACUGCCUCCAAGCAGCCUGCUGUCCAUGUGCAGGAACCUCUGACUGCAUCCAAGCAGCCUGCUGUCCAUGUGCAGGAACCUCUGACUGCAUCCAAGCAGCCUGCUGUCCUUGUGCAGGAGCCUCUGACUGCCUCCAAGCUGGCUGCUGCUCCUCCUCAGGAACAGAAAGAAAUGCUGGGUCAACGCCUCUACCCGCUCAUCCAGAACAUGCACCCGAGUCUGGCAGGAAAGAUCACUGGCAUGUUGCUGGAGAUUGACAACUCUGAACUGCUCUACAUGCUGGAGUCUCCAGAGUGUCUCCGCUCCAAGGUGGAUGAAGCUGUGACUGUGCUGCAUGCUUACCAGGCCAAACAGGCAACAAAGAGACAAGAAAAACUAAAGAAAAGGAAAUAAUUUGAUUCAGCUGGGUCCAGAGAUCACCAGACAAAAAUGGAAAAUGGUCCAAAUAAAACAGUCGGGGUAUAACUACAACAGAGAAUGAAAUUACUAUGGCUGUCAAAUGAUACAAAAAUACAAUUGAGUUCAUCACUGGUAAACAGAUGAAGAACACUUUCUUUAACCGCAAUAUCAACCUGUUUUGACAUUACAGUGUUGUUUUUAGUUGAAUAUAUUGUGUAUUUUGGAUGUUUUCAGUGUAUUAUGAACAAUUUCAGACAAUACGAUUAAUCACAAUUAAAAAUCAUUUGUGCACAAAAAUUACAAACAGUUAACUGAUUAACUCUGACAGCCCUAGAAAUGACUGAAAGCAUUAUUUUCUGGCACGUUAUUCCUUUUAAAUGUAUGAAUGCUUGGGAUAUUGAGAGUCUAUGGCAUUGUGAAAUGUACAGUGCCUUCAUAAAUAUAAGACUUAUUCCACAUUUUGUUGUGUUACAGCCUGAAUCCAUCUACACACAACACCCCAUAGUGACAAAUUGAAAACAUGUUUUUAGACAUUU